AUGCCUCCCGUGCGGUCAUCGGCGAGAGGCGGGAGGCGGGGUCGGGGGCGAGGAGGCCGGGGACGAGGACGAGGCGCCGCCGCCACGGUGACGCGCAGCAACCACGCCGUGGACUCCGAGGCGACCGAGGUCGAUAAUGAUCACGACGACUCUUCACGUAAGAAGAUGCUGACUGAAAAGAUUGCAUGUGUGGAGGACACCACAGCGGAUGGGUGGGAAGCUAGCCCACACGACGUUAACGACGAAUAUUAUGCAGAUGGUGGGGAGCCAACUCCUACGAGGAAUCUGAGGCAUCUUAGAAAGCAUACAGUGGAGAGCAAAACUGCAGCCGCCAAGGAGCAUGCUAUUGAUGUUGCUGUGGAGGUCAAAGAGAGUGACACUGAAGAUUCUGGAAACUUAGCUCCCAUUGAGAAUAUUAGACAGAGUAUGGCCAAGGCAAUGAAGGGGAUUAGACAGAGUUCAGAUAGUGAUGAUGGCCAGAAACUGGGUCAGCGCAGAAGAUCAAAGUGCCUACUGGGCAAACAAACUAGAGUUCAAGACAUGGAUGUUGCGGAUUUCGAAGAGGACAUAUUUGAUGAUAGCCGUAGUAGCUCAGAGGAUGAGGAGAGAAAGUUUGUUCCAAAAAGGUCAAAGCGCAUCCAAAGGAAAUAUAGAUCUGAAUAUGCCAGUGGUGAUUUGAGUGAAGAUAAGGAUGCAUGCUGGAGCAGCUCUAAUGAUGAAUGUGAGAGGUUGGCAAUCCGUCGAAGAUCAAAACGCAAAUUGGGAACUCGACCCUGUCCAAACGACAAUGAAGAUGAUAGUGAUUUUGUGAAUGAUCAUGGGAAGGCAGCUCCAUGUAGAAGAAUGUCAAAGCGGCUAAAAGAGAAGCAGAAAGCUGUUCCCAUUCCUGAUGAGAGUCACAUUGAAGCUUCAUCAAGUUUAUCAGCAUCUUCGUCUUCAGAUGAUGAAUUAUUGUGCAAUUCUGUAAAAUCUAGCACAAGAUCUGGUGGACCAGUUUGCUUGAUUUGUAAGAGUGGAACUGCCAGCUCUCAUAUCAUCCGAUGCAAGAAUUCCAAUUGUUCUGUCAGCUUCCACACAUUCUGUCAAAAUCCUCCAUUGCAGGAUGCUACAAGAAUCUCUGAAUGCUAUUUGUGCAAAAUGGAAGUUUCCUUGGCCAGUGAAACAGAAAAGAUUUUGGUAAAAAGGAUACAAAGAUACGUUGGUCACAGAAUGCUGCUUAUUCAGGAAUCAGAUUUCCAAUAUCAGGUCCUUGUGAAAUGGCACUCCCUUUCGCAUCAUCAUGACUGUUGGGUUCCACUUGAAUGGCUACAAGUUUUUGAUUGCAUACGUGUACGGAGUUUUCUGAAGAAGAGCAUCUUGCUUAAAGAGGUUUAUUCAGAGGAUCAGCGGAAACCUGAGUGGCUUGAAGUAGAUCGUGCCAUUGCUUGUCGGAGGAAGUGUGAUCCUGAUGGUACAUGUGACAUAUUGACUACUUUUCAGGAUAAUAGUAACUUCGAGGAAUAUGAGGUCCUUGUAAAGUGGAAAGGCCUUGAUUAUUGUGAGGCUACAUGGGAGUCUUGUUGUACAGAAGGUGUGCAGGCUGCCCUUUCCAUGCUUGUUGAGAGGCAUCAAAAGACUUUAAAAAGAAUCGAUCAUGUCAGUCCACUAUUCCUAGAUAGGGUGAUUCCGGAGGAGGUCCACAAUGGUGCUUUAUAUGACUACCAACUUCAAGGUUUGCAAUGGAUAUUUAAUAACUUUAAAACUAGAAGGAAUGCGAUCCUUGCUGAUGAAAUGGGUCUUGGCAAAACUGUGCAGGUUGUUUGUUUUCUCAAUCACAUUAUUAAAGAAAACUUCACAACAUCUCCUGCAUUAAUUCUCGCUCCUAAGAGCAUUCUCUUGCAAUGGGAAAAGGAAUUUGGUCGCUGGGGAAGCAAUCUUAAUGUUAUUGUUUAUCAAGGAGACAAGGACUCAAGAAAGUGCCUUCAAGCUCAUGAAAUGUACUCUUCUGAAGGGAAGAUUUUAUUUGAUGCGCUUGUGACAAGCUAUGAAUUUGUCCAAAAUGAUAAAAUAUUUUUGCAGAAGAUUAAGUGGUCUACAAUUGUCAUUGAUGAAGCUCACAGAAUGAAAAAGCUUGAUUGCAACCUUGCAACUUGCCUAAAGCGCUAUAGUUCUGAAUUUCGCUUGCUACUUACAGGAACACCGUUGCAAAACAACAUGCUGGAACUAUUUUCUUUGCUUCAUUAUAUUGAUCCAGAUGAGUUUACUGAUCCCAAGGCUGAUGAUCUAUUCACACCCAUUGAAUCGGGAAAUGAGUUGACUAUGGAGGAGAAGAUUGCUCGUAUUCAUGAUAUUUUAAAGCCUAGGAUGUUGAGGAGAAUGAAGUCUGAUGUUUUAACAGAUUCCAUGCCAACAAAGAAGUGGGUGGAAGUUCCAUGUGCAUUGACAGAUACCCAGCGAGAACUUUAUGUUGACAUUUUGGAGAAGAACUAUUCAAAGUUGAAUGGUGCUAUUAAAAGCGGCAAGAAGCUUGCUCUGAACAACAUACUCAUGCAGCUGAGAAAAUGCUGCAACCACCCAUAUUUUUUUCAAGGACUGGACACUAAACAGCAAUCAGAAGAUGAUUUUCUUUCACUUAUUGCUGCAUCAGGCAAGCUCCAACUGCUUCAAAAGUUGCUUCCAAGACUGAAAGAAAGAGGAAAUCGGGUACUGAUCUUCUCGCAAAUGACCACGAUGCUUGAUAUUCUUGAGGAUUUCCUUUCUUACCUGGGGUACACAUAUCGACGCAUUGAUGGACAAACAUCACUCUCAUCAAGGCAGGAAAGCAUAAAAGAAUAUAACAGAGCUGAAAGUGAAAUAUUCAUUUUCCUGAUGUCAACUCGUGCUGGUGGUCUAGGUGUUGACCUUCCUGGAGCUGACCGAGUAAUUAUUUAUGAUCCUGACUUCAACCCAUUUAUGGACUUGCAAGCACAGUCCAGGGCGCAUCGGAUUGGUCAGACCCGGCCAGUAGUUGUUUACCAGCUCAUUACAAAGUGUUCAGUUGAAGAGAAGAUACUGCAAAAGUCUAAGCAGAAGUUGGCUAUAGAGAAUAUGUUAAUGAACUCUUCUAAUAAGAAGCCAAAUGCAGAUGAGUUGCAGUCUAUACUGCUCCAUGGAGCAAAGGCAAUUAUUGACAGGAAAAAGAUCAGUGCCACUUCAAUCCACUAUGAUGAUGAGGCCAUUGAGAAUCUCCUGAUGCUAGACCCCAGUUCUGAGGAAAAGUGCUCCAAAGAAGACAAUGGCUAUCUUGGGAGCAUUGUGAGCUUUGCACACGGCAUGGAGGAUGAAGAACCUGGUUCCCCCAAAGUCGAGGACCUGAAAGUUCUGAAGCCUGCUACUCCCAAGGUGGAUCUGGGUCGUGGCAAGAGGCAAAGGAGAGUUGUCAACUACAAUGAUGCUGUUGAGAACUCAGACAGCGAUGAUAUGUAUGCUCCAGAGGGUUCCUCGAGUAGCAGUUCUGACGAUGAUUCUGACAACGACAACCAUGAGACUGACAGUUUGAUUUCAGCACCUGUAGCUCCUGCAUCUGAAGCUCUAGACAUUAUUCCUGCAAUUGAAGCUCCUGAAGCAAUACCUGCACUUGAAGCCCCCAAGGCUUGUCCCAAUAGCAGCUCUUCAUCUUCGUCUGAUGAUGAUAAUAAGCCAGACAGCGCAAGUCUUGUACCUAGCUUUGUGCCAGUACCAGAUUACUGA